GUUUGUUGAAGUCUGCGCGUAAAUAAGUUUUGCAGGUGUUUAGCAAGUGGAGCAGGCAAAUGUUAUUGAAAUGUCCUGUUUGUUUGCAUGGCUUCCCUUGUGUCUCUUGGUUUGUUGUGGUGUUGGACAGUGUAAAAGAAGAAAUGUGCUUUUAAUCAUAGCUGAUGAUGGCGGGUUCGAGACAGACGUUUACAACAACACUGUUGUCCAGACUCCUCAUCUACGAGCUCUUUCUCAGCACAGUGUGAUCUUCAAAAAUGCCUUCACAUCCGUCAGCAGCUGCUCUCCAAGUCGUUCCACCAUCCUGACCGGAUUACCACAGCACCAGAAUGGGAUGUACGGUCUCCAUCAGGGAGUUCAUCACUUUAACUCAUUUGAUGGAGUGCAGAGUCUUCCUCUUCUGCUUAAACAAGCUAACAUCCGUACAGGUAUCAUCGGGAAAAAACAUGUCGGUCCAGGCUCUGUCUACCCAUUCGACUUUGCCUAUACAGAAGAGACCAAUUCCGUGCUGCAGGUGGGCCGCAAUAUCACCAAGAUCAAGCUUCUUGUCCGGAAGUUCUUCCAGAGCCAGAAGUUAGAGGGGGAGGGGGAGCAGAGGAGAGGAACAGGUGAGGAACGUCCCUUCUUCCUCUAUGUGGCGUUCCACGAUCCCCAUCGCUGUGGUCAUUCCCAGCCUCAGUAUGGAGCAUUCUGUGAGAAGUUUGGAAACGGCGAGAGCGGAAUGGGGAGAAUUUCGGAUUGGGAGCCGAAGUAUUAUACUCCUGACCAAGUCAAGGUACCGUACUUUAUUCCGGAUACUCCUGCUUCCAGGUCGGAUAUAGCAGCUCAGUACACGACAGUCAGCAGGCUGGACCAAGGUAUCGGUCUAGUUCUGCAAGAACUGAGAGACGCUGGGUUUGAAAACGACACUCUGGUGAUCUACAGCUCGGAUAACGGAAUUCCGUUUCCCAAUGGCCGAACAAACCUGUACGGCUCAGGUGUGAUGGAACCCAUGCUGGUCUCCUCACCUGAACAUCAGUUGCGCUGGGGACAGAUCAGUCAGGCAUACGUCAGUCUGCUGGAUAUCACUCCUACUAUUCUGGACUGGUUCUCCCUGCCAUAUCCAUCUUACAGCCUCUCGGGUGAUGGUCCGGUAGAGCUGACGGGUCGGUCUCUCCUCCCGGCCCUGAGCUCGGAACCCUCCUGGAUCACGGUCUACGCCAGCCAGAGUCUCCAUGAGGUUACCAUGUAUUACCCCAUGCGCUCCAUCCACCAGGGCCCCUACCGGCUCCUCCACAAUCUACAUUACCGUAUGCCGUUCCCUAUAGACCAGGACUUCUAUGUGUCCCCAACAUUCCAGGAUCUGUUAAACCGGACUCAAACGGGUCAACCCACAGGCUGGUUCAAGACUCUAAAUGAAUACUAUUACAGGGAGAGGUGGGAGCUGUUUGACAUCCGGUCCGAUCCGAUGGAGAGGCGGAAUCUGGCUGGCGAUCCGGCUUAUGACACCGUUUUGGAGAGCCUGAGGGCUCAGCUGCUGAAGUGGCAGUGGCAGACGGAUGAUCCGUGGGUGUGCGAGCCAGAUGCGGUUCUUGAGACAAAAUUAGAACCGCAGUGCAGACCGCUGUACAACGGACUAUAAGUGCCCAGACUUUAUAAAAGACUGCAUCAGAGCCUUUUGAUAUGGCUUGUUUUUAAUGUUUAAUUGGAAUGUUAAAAGAUUAUUAUCUCUAUUCUUUGAACAACAAGACGUAUUUGUGUCUUUCAGUUGGUUAUUGUUUAUAAUAGUUUCAUAUGAUCUUUUUUUAUUCUAAUAAUGAUGUGCAAAAAUUUGUGUUUAAUUAUCUUGAUUUUUCUAAAUAAAGGAAAUGAAUCGACCAUUUUAUUAGGUACUCCUGCACACCUACUUAGUCAUGCGAUUAUCUAAUCAGCCAAUAACGUGGUAGCAGGUCAUAAAAUCAUGCAGAUAUGGGUCAGGAGCUUCAGAUAAUCUCCACAUCAACCAUCAGAAUAGGGAAAAAAAUUUGAUUUCAAUUGUGGCUGACAGAAGUGGAACCCGACGUGGUCUUCUGCUGUUGCAGCCCAGCCGCCUCAAGGUUCAACGUGUUGGGCAUACUGAGAUGUUAUUCUGCUCACUACAGUUAUACAGAGUGGUUAUCCGAGUUACCGUAGCCUUUCUGUCAGCUCGAACCAGUCUGUCCAGUCUCUGAUGACCUCUCUCAUCAACAAGGCAUUUCUGUCCACAGAACUGCCGCUCACUGGAUGUUUUUUGUUUUUGGCACCAUUCUGAGUAAAUUCUAGAGACUGUUGUGUGUGAAAAUCCCAGAAAUACUCAAAAGUCUGGAACCAACAAUGAUGCCACGGUCCAAAUCACCGAGAUCACAUUUUUUCCCCAUUCUGAUGGUUGAUGUGAAGGUUAACUGAAGCUCCUUUUGUUGGAAAGCUCUCAAAGAGUAGAAAACAACCAGCCUAUUUGUUGUAAUCGCAGACAAAAAUUUAGCAAGUAAUAGCUAAGUAUAUUCUUUUGACAAUUAUGUUGGUGUUUCUUGUAGGCUGUGUUUUCACUUAUAACUUCUCAAAACAUAAAUGGAACAUAAAAUAUCUUAUACAUGGCAUUAUUUAAAGGAGGCGAUUAUCUUUCAAACGAGCCCACACACGAGGGUAAUCAGAUGUAUAGAUCAUUAGAUAAUCCACAUGAAGCACAAUGUUACAUAUGGCCACCAGGAGAUGGCGCCAUGUAAAUGACUCGUUAAGUAAAAAGUCACACAUUCUGUUAAAUCUCAUCACUAAAAUCAUGUCUGCAUGCUAUGCAAACCUUUAGUCAUUGUUGUGUUUGCAUGUGUAAUUAGUUUUUGUAUUUACCAUUAUUAUUAUUAUUAUUAGGGCUGUCAAUCGAUAAACAUUUUUAAUCAAAUUAAUUACAUGGUGUCCCGACUAAUUAAUCGCGAUUAAUCGCAUAUACAAAUAUUUGCUGAGAAAGCCCCUCAUAUAACAAUAAUUCAAUAUAUAAUGAUGAAAUAAUCUUUAAAUAUUUAAAUAUCUUUAAAGUGAAUUUGUCAAUCAAUGGGAUUGUUUAAGGACACCUGCGUCAGACAUGCUUGUGUAGCGUCUCGGGUGCGUUUCGCCAUAAACAUGAAAUCUUUAGGUCAAUGUGUCAAAUAUAGUUUAAUACUCAAUCUUUAAACACAUCUUGAGAUCCCUUAGAUCGGAUUUGCGCUCCAAGUGUUUUGAACCCAAGAACGUAACGCAUGUCUGUGUUGUUGCUGCUGAAGUGUUUCUUCACUGUAUAAACUGUGUGUUGCUCAUACAGCUGAAGUUUCACUUACUGCCCUCUGGAGUAAACAGGUGGUACUACAAGCUUGCAUUUCUCAGGAAUCUUCCAUAUUACGGUCCGGGGGAAUUGCGAUUAAUUGCGUAAUUUUAUUUUAUGCGUUAUUUUUUAUAAAAUUAAUCGCACUGAAUUAACGCAUUAAAUUGUCAGCCCUAAUUAUUAUGUUGUAUUUGUUUGGAGAGGCUUUUGAACACUAUGAUAAGUGAUUUUUGUAAUGUUAUAACUUAUGAUUGCUUUGUCGUAUCAACACAAAACUUUUCUCAGAUAAAUUUGACGUGAUUCAAAACAAAACAAAAGCAG